AACUUGGAGGUUGUGCUUCCCUUGGCUGCCUUCCUGAGGGAUUUGAGCCCGCCCCAAUCCUUUCACAAUCUCCUUGUAAAGAUCAUGCAAAUUUACAUGCAGCCUUUCCUUCUUCCUACAGGAGCAGCACCACCAGAGGAGAAAGUUGUACUCUGUUGAACUCUUCCCCUCCCCGAGCAUGACUUCACCAGAAGAUUACCGUCGACAGGACUGGAGGAUGGUCCAUGACAUUCCAAUGGUCUGUGCAUUUUCAUACCACUGGGAAAGGAUUGACAACUUCCAGAGCAGGCCAGAUGACCUUGUGAUAGCCACGUACCCCAAAUCUGGCACUACAUGGAUAAGUGAAAUUGUGGACAUGAUUCUGAACGACGGAGAUCCUGACAAAUGCAAGCGGGAUGCAAUUUUCAACAAAGUGCCCAUGUUGGAAUUUGCUGUCCCUGGAAAGAUGUCACCAGGUACAGAGAAACUGGCCAAGACGUCAUCUCCUCGUUUAGUGAAAACCCACCUCCCAGUCCAGCUCCUUCCAAUGUCCUUCUGGGAAAAUGGCUGCAAGAUGAUCUAUGUUGCCCGAAAUGCCAAAGAUGUAGCUGUCUCCUUCUACCAUUUUGACCUGAUGAACCAGAUGCAUCCAGAGCCCGGCACGUGGGAGCAGUACGUUGAGAAAUACAUGGCAGGCCGAGUUGCGUAUGGUUCCUGGUAUGACCAUGUGAAAGGCUGGUGGGAGAAGAGAAAGGACCAUCCCAUUUUAUACCUGCUCUAUGAGGACAUGAAAGAGGAUCCGAAGCGUGAAAUUCGCAAGGUGAUGCAUUUCCUGGGGAAGGAUCUGAAGGAAGAGGUUCUAGACAGGAUUGUCUAUCACACUUCAUUUGAAAUGAUGAAAGAGAAUCCCACCACAAAUUAUACAAUGGUCCCAAAUGAUGUUAUGGAUCAAAGCAUCUCCCCUUUCAUGCGUAAAGGGAUUGCUGGGGACUGGAAGAAUCACUUCACUGUGGCCCAGAAUGAGACAUUCAAUGAAGAUUACGAGAGGAAAAUGGCUGGGACCACACUGCAGUUCCGAACAGAGAUCUGAAGGAGCCUGGCAUCUUAGUGCUGUAGUUCUAAUAGACGGGUGACGGGUCUUUGUUUCUGUUGAGAAUAGCUCCACCCCCACCUCCUUUCUUCAACUAGAAGUAGUAUGCUGAGAAGUGUCUCUGCCCCAGUGAUAGUCAGACACUGGAACCUGGAGUCUUGGGCCAUGUAGACCAUGGUGCAGGGUCACACACUCCAGAGCAGAGGGAUUGUUCCAAGAGUCUGGGAUUCCCUAUAGGGUCUGAGUAGUAGGGAAGGCUCCUUGCUCUAUGGCUAGAGACACACACACACCACACACUCUUCUUUUAUGUUACACUUUGAGUACUGGCCAGGUUCAACUGAGGCAAAGGACUCAGGCCCACAUCCUCAAAGCUAUAUAGGUACCUAGCUCCCAGUCCCUUGAAAUGAAAGGGAAUUAAGUACCUACCUACUUUUGAAGAUCUAGACCUGAAUGAUUCAGACACAUGAAGAUACCACCAUUUGGGCAUCUCUAGCUGACUUGUUGACCACUGUUUAUUCAGCCAAUGCUGUAAUGCAACAGUUGGCAAACUCUAGUCCAUAGAUAGAGCACUUGGUAGGUCCUUCUCUACAUCUGGCUCGCCCUGUAAAAACAGCUGGGACAAUGGAAGGGCAAACCUUACAGCCUUCACAAGAAGCUUCUAAAACUCUAAGGGAAGAGGAGCCUAUAGUCAUUACUGGGAGAAGAGCAACACGUCCCCAAGAUGACCAAAGCCACCAGUGAGGCUGAAGCCAGGCAAUUGCUCAAUAAGACUCUUUAACAAGGGAGUGGGGCAAACAGGAGGGGAGGGAUAGCUUGGUGGGGAGGGAGGUGCUGGGGAGAUUCAAUGAAGAGAAAAAUGAAAUAGUGGAAUGUGGUUUGGGAAAGGAUGCUUUCUUGAUUUUUGAAGAGUAUUAAUUGUAGAUUAAUUCAUCAAGUAUUGUAAUUUCUCUAGAGAAUGGGGGCUCAUAGAGGGGAUAGUGCCAGGGAGGUGGGCAACCAGUUCUCUCAAGAAGUGGUCCACAGUCUGACUAAAUAUGAGAAGUCCUGUAUAAAAUUACUUCUCCUUCAUCUAGUUUAUGCUGACACAAAGUGAAAUUCUACAAAUCUGAAUUAAACUGAAAAGUGCUUGGUCACCUGUG